AAACACAACAAAACCAUUGCACAAGCAGCACACCCAACAUGUCUCUCCCACCCUGGAAAACCGACCUGAUCGAAAAGGCUCUCAAAGCCGAUAUCCUCAAAUUCGGCUCUUUCACACUCAAAUCCGGCCGCACAUCACCCUACUUCAUCAACUGCGGUCUCUUCUCCAAAUUCGGCCUCAGUCGAGCCUUCAACGGCGCCUACGCCCGUACAAUCCACGAAUACGCCACUUCAAACCCCUCUUUCGAUUUCGAUAUAAUUUUCGGUCCAGCGUAUAAAGGUAUUCCGAUCGCAGGAAUCACAGGGAAUGAAUUGAGUCAUUUAGAUUCCGAGAAAUGGGAUGGAAAGGGGUAUGCUUUCAAUCGGAAAGAAGCGAAAGAUCAUGGAGAAGGUGGGACGAUUGUGGGGGAGAGUUUGAAAGGGAAGAGGGUUAUAAUUAUUGAUGAUGUUAUUACGGCGGGCACGGCGAUUCGAGAGGCGAUUGAGAUUAUUGAGAAGCAAGGGGGGACGCUGGUGGGGAUUGUGGUUGCGGUUGAUCGGCAGGAGAAGACGCCUAGUGCUGCGGAGAAGGAGGGGAGGGAGGAUGAUGGGGGGAGUAGACAGAGUGCUAUUGGGGAGGUUAGGAGGGAGACGGGGGUGCCUGUGCUGGCGGUGUUGACGUUGGAGGAUAUUAUUGUUGGGGCGGAGAAGUUGGGGAGGGGUGAGGAGGUGGGGAGGAUGGAGGAGUAUAGGAGGAGGUAUGGGGCGACGGAUUGAGGGAUGCGGUGAUGAGCAGGGCAAAAUAUUGAACAAGUGGCUCAGAGGUAUUCAGUUCAGAGUACGGGGUCAUGCGUCGACCUUGAGACACUGGUUGGCGUUGACGACUCACUCCAGGUCAACUCGCCGCAACAUGGAGGCUGUGCUACCGCUCCAAAACUUCGACCUCGUCCACUGGAAGCCCAUCUUUCAGCACAUCCCAUCUCAUGGAAGACACCACCCCGCCAUCGAUCUUCAGAUCGCUUCCUGUGAUGUAGCUCGACUCCGAUCCCACGAGAAAAGCAAUAGCAUUCGCAACAUCAUACGGAGUAGCAGCGCGCUUUAUCGGCGACGAUUCCAUCA